GUUGUUGCGCAAACGUCGUUCGGGUGACUGGCUGUCUGAGUGUGUGGGAUCAAAGCGCUUAUUGUGUCCUCGGAGCAGGAUUAGUAGACUGCACCGCUAAACCUGAAUCAUGCAUUGCACACACGGGGAGUGGUGCCCAGAUUGUGCAAGUAGUAGCUAGAGCGCACCGUUGGUUCCGUGCGCCCAGUAGCCGCCAGCCAGGCGAUCGGGAGAGGCGCCGAAGGGAGGAUGAAGGCGUGGAGAGGCUGACGGCGCUUCCCACUGCAGUCGCUGCUGGGAUGGUCGACGGGAGACCCGCAGCCCUGCGUUCAUUGUCGGCUUCGUGCUGGCCGCUGAGACGCCGGAGAAAGUGACCCGAGAGAGUGGCCGUUUGCAGCCGUGCGGGAAGGAGGUGUAGGGGAGGGGGGGAAGAUUGCAGGAUUUUCGUUUCCUCCCCUCGUCUUUUUAAUUGUGUGCUCGAGAACUGAGGGAAGGUGGGUGUCGGCACCCGAGCGGGGGGGUACGACCAUGGGGAACGCCGGCAGCAUGGAUUCGCAGCACACCGACCUGCGGGCUCACAGCGUGCCCCUGAAGGUGCCUAUGCCCGAGCCGGGAGAGCUGGAGGAGCGGUUCAUCGUGGUCCUGAAUUCUAUGAACCUUCCUCCUGAUAAGGCCAGAUUGCUGAGACAGUAUGACAAUGUGAAGAAAUGGGAGCUCAUCUGUGACCAGGAAAGAUUUCAAGUGAAAAAUCCUCCACACACAUAUAUUCUGAAGUUGAAAGGUUAUCUUGAUCCAGCUGUGACCAGAAAGAAGUUCAGAAGGAGAGUGCAAGAAUCAACUCAAGUCCUGCGAGAACUGGAGAUUUCCCUUAGAACAAACUAUAUCGGUUGGGUGAGAGAAUUUUUGAAUGAAGAGAACCAAGGUCUUGACAUACUGGUGGAGUACCUCUCCUUCGCACAGUGUGCAGUUACCUUUGACUAUGAAAGUGUCGAAAAUAAUGUGGAGAGUGCAAUGGACAAAGGCAAGCCUUGGAGCCGUUCCAUUGAGGAUCUGCAUCGGGGGAGUAACCUGCCUUCACCUGUCGGCAGUGGUUUGGCCCGGGCAUCCAGGCAUUCAACUUUACGGUUUAAUACUUUGCCAAGCAGAAGGACACUGAAGAAUUCUAGAUUAGUGAGCAAAAAGGACGAUGUACACGUCUGUAUCAUGUGCCUGCGUGCAAUUAUGAACUACCAGUAUGGCUUUAAUAUGGUCAUGUCACACCCACAUGCUGUAAAUGAAAUUGCACUGAGUCUGAACAAUAAGAAUCCGAGAACAAAGGCACUGGUCUUGGAGCUGUUGGCAGCGGUUUGUCUUGUCAGAGGAGGACAUGAAAUAAUCUUAUUAGCAUUCGAUAAUUUCAAGGAGGUCUGUGGUGAAAAGUAUCGAUUUGAAAAGUUAAUGGAACAUUUCCGAAAUGAGGAUAACAAUAUUGAUUUCAUGGUGGCCUGUAUGCAGUUUAUUAACAUUGUGGUACAUUCUGUAGAAGAUAUGAAUUUCCGAGUACAUCUCCAACAUGAGUUCACUAAAUUAGGACUGGAUGAAUACCUGGAUAAGCUGAAAAAUACAGAGAGUGACAAACUUCAGGUGCAGAUUCAGGCUUACCUGGACAACGUGUUUGAUGUGGGUGCAUUACUGGAAGAUGCCGAGACCAAGAAUGCUGCCUUGGAGAGGGUUGAAGAACUGGAAGAAAAUAUUUCUCACUUGUCAGAAAAGUUGCAAGAUACUGAAAAUGAAGCGAUGGAAAAAAUUGUGGAACUGGAAAAGCAGCUAAUGCAAAGAAACAAAGAACUGGAAGUCAUAAGAGAGGUUUACAAGGACACCAAUACUCAAGUUCACACACUGCGCAGAAUGAUCAAAGAGAAGGAAGAGACCAUUCAAAGACACAACCACUUGGAGAAAAAAAUUCACGAGCUAGAGAAGCAGGGGUCCAUCAAAGUUCAGAAAAAAGGAGACGGCGAUAUUGCCAUUCUGCCAGUUUUGCCAAGUGCGUCACACUCUCCAGGUGCAGAGCAGGUACCCAGCACUUAUGCAGGAGCAACACAUGAAGCCUCUGAUCUGUCAGUGCCGCCACUUCCUGGACCUUCUCCGUCCCUCUCUGGUGCAGCAGUCCCAAAUGGACCAGUGUUGGCCCCAUCUUCGCAACAGCAACUCUCUCCUCCACCCCCUCCACCACCGCCGUCGGCUGCAGAAGUUCCACCUGCUCCGCCACCACCUCCUCCUCCACCUCCACCACCACCAGCUGCACCUCCUUUGCCUGGAACAGCCCCCACUCUCAUUUUUAACCCUGGCUUAUCAGCCGUAAAGAUCAAGAAGCCUAUCAAAACAAAGUUCCGCAUGCCAGUCUUCAACUGGGUGGCAUUAAAGCCCAAUCAGAUUAAUGGCACUGUCUUCAACGAUAUUGAUGACGAGAAAAUCUUAGAGGAAUUGAAUGUGGACGAAUUUGAAGAAAUGUUUAAAACAAAAGCCCAGGGGCCAGCUAUGGAUGUUGUCUCAAGUAGACAAAAAGUGAUCCAAAAGGGAUCUAAAGUGACAUUACUGGAGCCCAACAGAGCUAAGAAUCUUGCCAUCACCUUACGAAAGGCAGGGAAAACCACAGAAGAGAUAUGUAGAGCUAUCCAAAUGUUUGAUCUGAAAACAUUACCUGUGGACUUUGUUGAGUGCCUGAUGAGGUUCUUGCCAACAGAAAGUGAAGUUAAGGUGCUGAGGCAGUAUGAAAGGGAGAGGAAGCCACUGGAGAAUCUAACAGACGAAGACAGAUUCAUGGUACAAUUUAGUAAGGUUGAACGACUGAUGCAAAGGAUGACCAUAAUGGCAUUUAUUGGAAACUUUACAGAGAGUGUUCAGAUGUUGACACCGCAACUUCAUGCUGUAAUAGCUGCAUCAGUAUCAAUAAAAUCUUCUCAAAAACUGAAGAAAAUAUUGGAGAUAAUUUUAGCACUUGGUAACUACAUGAACAGCAGUAAGAGAGGAGCAGUGUAUGGAUUUAAACUGCAAAGUUUAGACUUGCUUUUAGAUACCAAGUCAACAGAUCGCAAACAGACAUUGUUACAUUACAUUGCGAAUGUUAUCAAAGAAAAAUAUCCUGAUGUAAGCCUUUUCUACAAUGAACUCCACUAUGUGGAGAAAGCAGCAGCAGUGUCUCUUGAAAAUGUCUUACUUGAUGUCAAAGAGUUACAAAGAGGAAUGGACCUCACAAAACGGGAGUACACAAUGCAUGAGCAUAAUGUUGUACUAAAAGAAUUUCUUGGUGCGAAUGAAGGAAAACUGAAGAAACUGCAGGAUGAUGCCAGAAUAUCACAGGAUGCCUUUGAUGAGGUGGUUAAAUAUUUUGGAGAAAAUACAAAGACUACUCCUCCAUCAGUAUUCUUCCCUGUAAUUGUACGAUUUGUGAAGUCAUAUCGGCAAGCAGACCAGGACAAUGAGCAACGGAAGAAACAAGAAGAGGCACUGUUGAAUAAAAUCCUGGAGCAAGAAGCUUCGUUGGAGCAGCAGGAUGAAAAGUCCCCAUCACAUAAAACCAAGAGGCAACAGCAGGAAUUAAUUGCAGAGCUGAGGAGGAAGCAAGUCAGAGAGCACAGACAGGUCUAUGAAGGAAAAGACGGUGCUAUCGAGGAUAUAAUUACAGUGUUGAAGACGGUGCCCUUUACAGCCCGAACAGCCAAACGUGGCUCUCGGUUCUUCAGUGAAUCAUCUUACUCUGAAGAUUCUCAUUAUUAAAUAUUACAUUUUAACAACUGAAGCUCAUGAAGAUCUUAGAAACCAACCGUACAGGCGUGCAGAUGCGGUGAGGAGGAGUGUGAGAAGGCGUUUUGAUGAACAAAGUUUGCGCUCGGUGAACAGUGCUGAACUGGCAUUGUGAUGGAGAAGAGAAGUGUGGAGAGUAUGAGUGUGUUUGAAUGUUAUGAUAUUUGUGUGGUGUUUGUUUGUUACCACAUACCUGCUAGAGUGGCAUGCUGUUGGAAACUGGAGUUAGGACAAGAGGAAGAAUCACAGGCAAGCUGUGGGCUAGCAGAUUUAUUCAGCCCACAUUAACUAAAGUGCCUCAACAUAACAUUUCCUCUCAAGCUUAACUGCAUAUUGUUGCUAAAGUUGUUGAUAUAACAACUGGUAAGUUUUACAAUAUUGCAUUAAUUAACAAGGUUGUGAACUAAAGUUGUGAAUUCUAAACUUUUAAUUUUGACAUGAAAUAUAAUGUUGAAACCAGGAAAGAUAGAUAUGCUUGUUUGGAGAUAAGGAAUUAUGCAUGUGGAAUAGCUGUCAUAAACCACCAUGGCAGUGAAAGUUCAGAUUUCAUUUGAAGACUGAUCACUGUACCUGUGUUUUGUUGGCUCUAUCCAAGACACAAACAAUGUGGAAUUUGGUGAUUUAAAUAGAGAAGCAACUCUUCACGGUAGUUGAUCAAAAUUGACUGAUCAACAGAUGCAAUACUUGUUUUCCAGCAGUGUCAAAAAUAAUGGAACAGUCAAUUCUGCAGCUGCUGUCUCAGGACAAAGGAAGAUGUUAUAUACGUACAGAGUAUGAAUGAUUGGGAAAAACUUGUAGAUAUGACUAAGCUAUUAACCCCUAACUAAACAGUAUUAAAGCAUGAGGACCAAAAGUAGAACUUUGUUACUGGAAAUAAAAUGGUGUAAAAUUAUAUAUUAACAAUUUUCAACAGUUGAAAUAGAAAAUGUACUUCUGAAAAUGUGCCAUUUGGCUUUAUUUUAAUCUCCUUGGUUGCGUUGCAUUGCCUCGCCAUGUUGAUUGUAAAGUUUAUUGUAUAGUAUUUAACCACUGAAUUCCUUCCUGUAUGCAUUUGGCUCAUGUGACCCACUUGUGACUGGCAUUUUUUUUUGAUUUGAACAGUGUAGUUAUAUUUAGAUAAUGCUAUUCUAAAUGUACAGAUAUUUUGCUAAGAAAUCAGUGCAUUUUUAUGGUUUUUUACAGUUCUUUGAUUCACUAUAGCCUCUGGGUAAUAUUGUACAUAUUGUUUAAAAAAUAUUGCGACAGCUGUCCUAUACAAUUUGAAUGUUAUUUUAACUUAUAGUUCUGUUUUUAUAUUUAACUAAAAUGACAGUGACCAAGUUUUGGCUAAUCAUUACCAGAUUAACUUCUGCUUACAAUUUCACUGUAAACUUAGUUUUAAAAUCACUUGCUUUGUAUCAAUUCUACAUGGUGUGUAUAUGCUGCAUAGAACAUGACAAAACUGAGUCCUUUGUCCAUGAACAAGUAAAUGAGUAUAGGAUUUAAUUUUGGUGGCAAGAGGUCAGUCAACUGACUAUAAAUUUCAAGCUAAUGCACAACACCUAAAUUUUAAGAUGGAGAUUUGAUGAGGAAAAAUUACCUUGUUCUGGAUCACUGACUGGAAUGUUGACAUGUUCUGCUCACGUACUUUUAAGUUUCCUGCUUGUUGGCAAAUAGAAUUGUUUUAUAAAAAAAAUAGAAACAAAAUUUGUUAAUGGCAUUUGGUCAAAUAAACUUCUUUACACUA